AUGUCAGUCAAAGGGGAUCCUUCUUUGUUUUAUCUCCCGCUAGGACAAACUGUCUAUCAGAAAUGUUUGAUCGACAUUCUAAUCCAGCUUCACAAACCUCAUAUCCUCUCUUACUUACAAAAAGAAACUGAGACCAGAUCAUUGAAUUCUUUGACAUCGUUGCCAAAUGACACGCAAACUGGAAAAUCACAAUCUUCACGCCCCGCUGCUGAACGCCAAGAAGAAGGGACUAUGUCAGAUGAGUCGAUGUUUGACGCAUUUAUCUUCAAUGUUAAGCAAAUAACUAAUCAUCCAUCUCUAUUGGUUGACCACUAUAUACCUAGAAACUUACUUCUUUUGAAUUCUAAAGAAAACAUUAUUAGUCUUUCCAACAAGUAUUAUCAAGUCAGCGAGAUUCUAGAUAAACUUGUUCAAAGAGAUGUACGAAAAACAAUUAUUAUCAGUGUAUCCAACGCCAAAGAAAUGGACCUUAUUGAAUCAUUUUUAUUGGGAAAAAGAGGACUGCAGUACUAUCGAUUUUCCGGAUCUUCACUCUAUUAUGACAAUCAUGGAUCUUUUGAUUUCCACAAAGAAGAAAUCGAAAGUGUCACGGAAAAGUCAUCAUCACCAUCAUCUUCUGAAACUUCAAACACUAAUGAGAACUUGAAGAAAAAGUCAUCGGUUAAAAGUAAAAAGAAUAGCAACUCAAGCAAUUUGUAUGAUUCUCAAGAUGAUUCAACCCCUGGCUUGAAAUCAAAUAACGGGAAUACUGUAUCAAACUCAAAUGAUAAAAGGGAAAAAAAGAAAAAGAAAAAAAGUGGACGUCCAUCCAGUGCUGAAAAGCGUGCACGUGAACAACAAGCACAGGUGACAGCAGCUAUAGCUGCUGUCACCUCUUCAGAUCAAAAGAGCACCGAUAAGGAUGGUACUCCUUCCCAUAAAGUCCGUGAUAAUAAGGAGGAGUAUGUACCCAGACUGUCCAAGCAUAACGAGGAGUUCUGCAAAAUGCUGAUUGAAAAGAAAAGUAAGAAGUUGAACGUAUAUCUUAUUCUGUCAUCGCAAUUGAAAUAUUUACUCCAGUUUGAAGAUUUGAAAAGUGAUUUGAUCUUAUCGUUAGAUUCAAACUUUACGGACUUUGAAGAGGUGUCAAACAUUUUACAUCAUCAAGUUCCGAUUCUUAAACCUGUUGUUUUAGAAUCUCUUGAGCACUACGAAUGGGAGUUGAAUAAUGAUGAACAAGCCAUUUUCAGCGACACAUCUAAGAGAAAUAAACAAAGAAGAUCGAGAUCUGCAGCCCUAGGUGCUACUGGGAAUAACAAUAAUGGUGUCGAUAGUGAAACUGUCUCUUUGUCGAACAUCAACGGUAAUUUCAAGGGGAAAACUUCGGAUGAAAAGGCCAGAUUCAAUCGUUUGCUUGCCCUUUCUGUGAUUGCUGCAUGGCCGGAAGUUGAGGUGGAAUCGCCAUUCACGAUACAGUCUGUUUCUGAUAAAGUUAUAGAUUGGCUAGUUGACCCAGAGAAAUAUACAUACCCCUUUAACCCUGCGAUAGAAACGAAAAUUCCACAUGUUUUGGAUGAUACAUUGAUUGAUGGCGUCAAAGCAACUUUAAGUUCACCUUUUGAACUAUCAACGAUAUUGGGACUCCAUAAACUCGACAAAUAUACAUUUUUUGAUGAGAAAUUGGAAAAAGGAAAGAAAAUUGUUGAAGAAGAUGAGGGAAUGACUAAAGUGAAGCAAGAAAUUCAACAUUCUGUCAAACGUAUGAAAUUGAGUUCCAAUGAAUCUAAUUGUACGAUUCCCGAUAAUUUCACAUAUAGACAAUAUCAAUCACAUCUCACAAAUUUGAUCACUGAAACUUUGGAGGCUAUGCUUUCCUGGAUGAACAAUAUCAGGCGGCAAUUAGAGUUUGUACAUUUGGACGAAACAGAGAGGCAAUAUGUUAUUGAUCGAGGAAAUUUUGAUUGCGGAGAAUUAUACAAGAAGGAUCGAGAUCUGGGAGUGAAGAUAGAAGCUCGAAAUAAAGUCAAAAGUCGAUUGAUUGCUGAAUGUGAGAAAUUUGAGUUGAUAGCCAGUAGCGAUAAAGAUGGCCAGUUAGGUUUAAAGGAGAGGUACGAUUUAUACAGUAGUAAAGCCAUUGAGAAGUUACCCGACACAAAGAAACAGGAUGAUGAAAUUCAAGAAUUAAAAAAGAAGCUGAGUGAGUUACAAGUGACAUUGGAUAAGUGCGAUGCUGAAUCGUUAUCUAUAAGGCAGAAAUAUCAGGAAACUUCAUCACGAGCUGCCGAGUUGUCUGCGGUUACUAAACGGUUGCAAGAAGAGGGGAAAAGGCUUGAAGAUGAAUCCAAGGGGUUGUUCAAGAAGAUACAAGUGGAAAGCAUUGUUGAGAAACAAGCAUAUGUUAAUAAACGAGUCAAAGAGAUGGAGAACGAUUGUCUAGUUUGGAAUGGAUAUUUGAAAGCUCUGCAGGUGGAACUAGAAAAGCGUGGUAGUGGUGUUGCUGCCACUUCCCGUACUUCUCGAGCCAGUAGGAACAACACACCUCAUUGA